GUCCUUGUCAAACAGUAGUUAGAAACAUCGGCGCUGCAGGAGAGUUGCUUCUUUUUUCAUUGGGAGAAAUUGGUCUGUCCACCUGAAGAAUGGUGGCUAACUUCAGCUCCAUGGUUGAAGAACCAAACCAGACAAAUUCUAAUAAUUGCUCACUUGAACCCGACAACUGGACCUUCACUUAUGUCCCAGCGUACAUCCUGUCCAUCUCUGUUCUGGGAAUUGUUUUGAACAUCUUUGUGCUGAUGGUCUUCAUCCUCCAUAAGAAUCCCUGCACCGUGUCUGAGAUCUACCUGAGCAACCUGGCUGCUGCCGACCUGUUCCUGGUCUCCUUCCUGCCCUUCUGGGCCGUCAACGCUUGGAAUAAGUUUGACUGGAUUUUUGGUCUUGCCAUGUGCAAAAUCGUAAAAAUGAGCAUCCUGAUGAACGUCUAUUGCAGCAUCUACUUCCUGGUUCUGAUUAGCAUUGAUCGUUAUUUGGCCGUGGUCCAUCCACUGUUCCAUGGGGGAAUGCGUCGCCCAAAAUUUGCUAAAAUUAGUUGUGUUAUGGUUUGGAUUCUGGGAUUAAUUCUCAGUGUUCCGAGACUUAUCAACAUAGAAUUGGCACCUGACAGAAAUAUUACUACUUGUAGUGAACCUAAUCAAGUUAUAUCAGAGUGGAUGAUUUUGGUGUUAGGGUUUUUUAUUCCCAUUUCCAUCAUUUUGUUUUGCACUGUCAACAUCCUCAAAGCUCUGAGAAACAGAUCUAUCCAAAGAGUAAAUGCAAAGAAAAAUGAUCACAAGGCCAACACUUUGGUGCUGGCCGUCCUGCUGGCGUUCCUGAUCUGUUGGGUCCCGUUCCAUCUUUGUAGGAUCCCAUCCAAUCUCCAAUAUGCCUAUAUCCUGACAGGCUGUAUGCAUAAGAAAAUCCUGUACUAUUGUGGGCAGAUCUUCACCUACUUGGCGUUCUUCAACAGCGUUCUCAACCCCAUCCUCUACGUCAUUGUCGGAAGAAACUUCAGAGACAAACUGAAGGAACUCUUCAAGCAGUGGGACCAAAAACACAGUGCAACCAUCAGCCUAACAGCUACAAGUACAAGGUUUCUACGAAGUGUUAAAUCCCAACAGAUUAUCAACUAGAAUAUGAGUUUACUUUUUUUUUUCCAUUUACUUAGAGAAGAGACAACUAAAAACUAAACUUAACUGAAGGAAUGAUUACCAAUUGUAAUCUGUGUAGAAGGUAACAUCAAAUCAAGGCAUGUCACUCAGUGACCCACAGAUUGAUCCUUUUCACGUCUACAGGUCCAGUUUCAGAGUUGUCUUUAUGAGCUGAUGUACAGACAGUGAGACCAUAAGGCCAACAGUUCUGCAGAGAAAUUAAAGAAAGAAAGGAAAAAAAUAUGAUCUUGUUUCUGUAAAAGCUUUAACUUUUACAAGCCAAGGUAUACUUAGUCAUAUGUUUGUGAUGUUAUGAAUAUAUCAGUAUUAGAGUCAGUAUUAGUCUAAGACUAAGGGUAUUAUUAUUUACCAGUUCAGUUCUGUGUUUUUCUUUGUUCUGGUUAUUUGUUAACACAUCUUUGCAUGAAGUGAGAUAGAAAAUCAUUUAUUCUACCACACCCAGUUUUAUUUUAUUUUAAGUGCUUUCAGAAUAAUUCAAUAUCAACUCUGUUACAUAAUUAAACAGCAUUACCGCAUGUUGUAUAUCACUGAAAUAAUGGACUGAAUCAGGAUAAUGGAAGCAAUCUAUAGACGGAAACAGACUUUGGAUUGCAUUGUAAAGGCUCCAUAUAUUCUGCUCUGUUACAGGGUUUCUUGUCAUGUAGCUUCAGAAAUAUAAACUUGUAAUCCAAGACUUAUUAACUUUACCUCCAUGCAAUGUGCCAACAUUAGUACAGUUAGCUCAGGAAACCCAGAAUUCAUUCUGCUGAUGUAUUUAAAUGUCUUCCAAGCUGUUUUUCUGUCUUAACUUUCUGCAGUUUGACUCAGUCACACUGCUGGAGAGCAACACCUUGGCAAGUAUGGGUGCAAACAGCUGAUUCUCACAUUUAGCUGGACCAUCGAUGAGUGUUCUGUUUAACUGCCUUAUUAUGGUUCUGGAAGCAUUGUUCUUUAUUUUGGUUUAAGACAGGAAUGCCCAAGUUCGGUCCAGGAGAGCCUCACUGCUGCAGCUUUUGGACACAUCCCUGCUCCAACACGCCUGGAUCAAAAGAACGGCUACCAGGCCAGACAGGAAGGACUGACGAAGGAGUUCAGCCCUUUGAUUCAGGCGUGUUGGAUCAGAGGUGCAUCUAGAAGUUUCAGUAAAGUAGCAUCUUAUCUUAUGAUUUUGUUAUGAUGUUCAUGUCAUGGUAUGUUUUCAUUGCAAUGCUUAAUCCAAAUGAACUAGUGUGAGCUCCACGGCCGACGUCAGCUGUCCUGGAGAUCCAGACAGAAACACAUCAGCCUCAUGUGUUUAUGAUUCUUUGUUCUUCGUAUUAAAAUGAUGUUCACUCUGUCUGUCACAGCUUAACUCAACUUUUACUCUGACCUGUUUGAGUGUCUUAUAUUGUAAGCUCUCAUAUCAUGUGCAUGUUAUUAAUAAACCUGAC